AAAGAACCAUUCCUUCUACGUGUCACGUAUAGCCUUGGUAAUUUCUCACCAGUUCACCUGUAGCCUUCGUAAUGCACACUCCGUUUCGGCGUUUCCUAUUAAUCCCAAACCCUAAGAAUCUCUUUCUCUGGCUCCAUUUGAGGGGAAAAACCAGUCAACAAAGAACCACCAAUUAGAAGAAAUCAAUGGACCUUGGAUCUCCUAUGAGUGACAAUGAUGAGAUGAUAGAGAAUUCCCUGGGAAGGGAUCUUCAUGAAGGAGAGAUGAUAGAGAGCUCCAUCAUAAGGCAUCCUCAUGUGGGUGAGGAUGGCGAAGUGAUAGAAAAUCCCGCAGGAACUGGGCCAGUUGCACAUGAAAGAGAUGAAAAUCUGGAACCUUAUGAGGGUAUGGCAUUUGAGUCAGAAGAGACUGCCAAGGCAUUCUAUGAGGCCUAUGCCAGGCGUGUUGGAUUUGUCACUCGAGUAAGCACAUACUGUCGUUCAAAGAUUGAUGGGGCUGUUAUUUCACGGAGACUUGUAUGUAAUAAAGAAGGUUUUAAGAAAGGGAAAAUUAAGAGGCCACUUGCAGUGACGAGGGAAGGCUGCAAGGCAAUGGUCAACCUAAAACGAGAAAAGCCUGGGAAAUGGAUUAUCUCAAAAUUUGAGAAGGACCAUAAUCAUCCACUACUAAUUUCUUCAAAGGUUCGUCGUGGUUCUCUUCAGAAUCGAUCUGCGGAGGAUGCAAAGAAAAUCCGUGAACUAUCAUACCAGCUUCAUCGGGCAAACAAAAAGUGCACAGUAUAUCGGGAACAUCUGGACAUGGUUUUGAAAGAUAUUGAAGAACACACUCACCACUUAUCUGAAAAAGUUAAGGACAUAGUUCACAGUAUACAGAAAUUUGAGUCCCAGGAACAACAGCAUUUAAUUUAGAUGAUCUUAAUGUUACAGAUUCAAGUAGCAUUUAGUUGAGUGUAUUGGCUGUACUAUUUACUCAACUCAUCAGAGUCGGUAGUUUUUUUUGGAUGGGAUCAAUUUUUUACAGUCUAGGGAAAAAUUGCCCUGUUUCCUACAUUUCA